AUCACUCCAUGGAGGACACUUCUUAAAACAAUAAUAAUGACAAUGGGAGAAUACAACAUUGAUAUAUUGUUGCUGCAGGAUGACAAAAUGAAUUCCACUGAUGUACAGUAUCCAGUAGUUACAUUUGCAUUGUUGGUUGUGUUUGUGGUUCUAAUGCCAAUUCUCUUCCUUAAUCUAUUGACUAGUUUAGCUGUUGGUGACACUCAAGAAAUACAAAAAUCAGCUGAUACAUAUAGAUUAAUACUAAAGGUUGAGUUUAUACUGCCAAUGGAAGAAUUUCUAAGAUCUUUAUUAAGAAAUGCACUGAGCAUUUUUAGGAAAAUACAUGCAUCAAAUGUUGUUGAAGAUUUCUUAGAAAAACUGAGACAGAAUCUAAUCAUCAUUGGACAAGAGCAAAAGAUAUAUCCAAACAAGUCAAGUGUCUGGAAGAAGUUUAUUGGCUCUUUAAUUGAAAAGAGACUUGUAACUGAACCUUUAGCAACUGUAACUGAUGUAAAGUAUCAGAUCAAACCAUUAUCUGAGGAAGUGAAGGGAUUGCAGAGUUCAGUGGAUCACUUGUUGUCUAUUGUUAGAAGCAUGAGGAAUGAGAGAGGAGGAGGAAGAGGAAGCGGAAGAGCUGUAGCAAGUGAAAGAGAAAGAGACAAUGGAGAAGAAGAAAGAGAAGUAUCUAGCUGAAGAAUAUUAGAAGAGGAUGAGUUGUAAAAUUUAACUUUGAGAUACAAGUUGCAUGUAUUUUAAUAAUAGAAGAUGCAUUGUCAAUUACUUAGUAUGUAUCAUUAAUGUUGGAAUGGUGCAUUCA